GCAGCACUCGGUACAUUUAGGGAGCCGAAAGAAGAGAGGGAGAGAGAAGGAGAGUAUCUGAAAAUGGCGAGCAGUCUCGCAAACAGAGCAGCUUCAAUGGAGAGAACGGCUAGCUUCUUUCGGCUCUCCUUCAAAUUUCUUAGAAAUUUCAGCGAUUCCACCACUACUCCUGCAACUUCGCCGGCGGUUGGGGAAGCCAAGAAGCCCAAGAGGAAGAAGAAGAAAAACCUAUUCGAGGUGGCUCAGUUUCUACCCAAUUGGGGCAUCGGAUACUUCAUGGCCAAGACUCACUGGAUCGGCGUAUCCUAUCAGAUCACCAAGAUUAAUCUCUAUAAGGAUGGUAGACACGGGAAGGCUUGGGGACUUGUUCAUAAGGAUGGUUUGCCAGCUGCAGAUGCUCCCAAGAAAAUAAGUGGAGUUCAUAAACGCUGUUGGAGAUACCUUGCAAACUCAAAGAAGCCAGAAGAGAUCACCCCAAAACCAGAGGUUCCAGCUGCUUGAUCUCAUUUUUCCUCUCAAAAUCUUCACUUAGUGGUUACCUAGCUGAUCUUACACAAUGUGCUUUGUUAGAGCAGUUGAGUUCAUGGAUUCCUUUGAUGCUGUUGUGUAAUAGGAAUCAAAUGACAUGUUACUUGAUUAAUGAGAUUUUCCAUUUAUGAGCAUGAAGGUUAGAUCUUUAACAUUACUCUUGCAUUUAGACCUCGAAAAACGUUUAGCACCCGUGUGUGGUUUCAUUGUUGAUGAUGUCUCUUAUGAUUAUAGCAAAAAAUAAAAAUAAAAAAAUUUGCAAGCCUUUUAACCCU